ACACACACUCAUACUCACACUCACACUCACGCGCACACGCACACACGCUUCUCCCCCCUCCCCCACACGUAAUCCGUACUCAGUAAUUAUUAUCUACCUCACCUCUCUUCUGAUCCUAUCGCUCACUCAUAAACACUCACUCACCUCUCGCUCAAACCCUCUUCCUGCACCCCCCCCCCAUCAUCCCUUUACCACCUGCUCUGCUUUUACAAAGCGGACCUCGGUGCUAGAAUAAUCAUAAGCUGGCUCCCACGGCUCUCUUCUAUUCUCCUGCUCCGGAGCGGCUUCCAUCUCCGCACCAUCUCCUUCAUCCUACGUCUGGCAACGACGAAACAAUCCUUCCAUCCAUCUCGCGGACUCCAUCUAGAUCCCCAUUGCCAUCCCUCAACAACACGCUGGCUUCCGUCGCUCUCCCGUCUCCCCCGUUGCGGUAGGUUGCCAACCCCCCUUCCGUCAUUUAAACUUUUCGCCUCCUCCCGCUCGUGUUAUCAACCCGAAUCUUCCUUAUCUCCACGCGAGUCACUCUUUCCUCUAAAGUUCUCCCUUACUGACAUUCAACUCAAUUAUGGAUAGGAUUAACGGGGGUUAUCCAAUGACUUUCGCAACUUCAUCACCAGGGGCAAGUACUGCUGGCCAGGGGACUACUCCUGUAUGUGUUUUUCUUCUGCCUUUUUUUUUUUCAUACCCUGUUGACACGCGACCCUUUUUUUUUUCCCUCCUAAUUUUUUUCCUUCCCUCGCUUAUCGCGUAUGUCCUAACACAAUGUAAUAUAGCCAAUCUGUCAAAACUGCACAACAUCGACAACUCCAUUAUGGCGACGGGAUGAAAGUGGAUCAGUCCUCUGCAAUGCAUGCGGCCUAUUUCUCAAGCUCCAUGGUAAGCCACGACCCAUCAGCUUGAAGACGGACGUUAUCAAAAGUCGGAACCGUGUGAAGAAUUCUGGUCAGCCGACGAAGAAGAAGGUCAGUCAUAUUCUGUCGCCUCCUGGUUGCUGUUUUCUAACUCGGAUCUUUCACAGAGCCUAUUCGAUUCACCCAAUGGAUCGACGAAUAACCACUCAGCAGCUAGGUCGGAAAAUGGGACACCCCCACCCGGGCACCGUAAACCGUCCUCAGGUACCGCGUCGAAUAGAUCGGUAUCUCCCCAAUCCCGGGCCGGAACUCCUCUACCACCACCUUCGCAUAUGGCACCAUCGAUAUUUGAGUCUCUUGUCAACCAAACUGAAAACCCAAUGGUCGGUAGCCCCUCGACACUGCCGGCCAUAAACACCCUGAAUCAUCCAUCGCCGGGGUCCACAUCUUCCCUCCACGAUCGACACUUGGAGAACCCGGCACCGACUCUUGAUAGUCUUAUCAGUGCUAAUAAUAAACUCAAGACUCGUGUGGCUGAAUUGGAAUUGGUGAAUGAUUUAUUCCGAGGCCGAGUGAGCGAGCUUGAGACUAGCGAGGCCAAUGCCCGGCGAGCGGAGAUCACACGGAGAGAAGUCGAGGCACAAUUACGGGUGUGCUUGGAUGCCAGCACUAAGCGCGAGGAAGAGCUCAAGAGGAAGUUAGACGACGCCGAGAGGGAGCUUACCGACCUACGCGGCGAUCAACCACGGAAAAAAGUCAGGGUCUCUGACCUGACUGAAUAAAAAGUCAUUCCGGAUGGUGAACAAAACAACCAUGGACAAAAGAGGAGGAGCAAAAAAAAUAUAGAUAAUUUAAUAUGGUCUGCACGAUCUCUAUUCCUAACUAUUGACGGACGUUUUUGUUACAUAUCCUGUAACUUUUUCGGUUUCCUUUUUUAUUUUUUUAUUUUACAUUUUUCGAUUUUCUAUAUCCAUGGUCGGGGUUAUUGAAUUUUCCUUAAUUAUUUUAACAAAAGCAAAAGAGGAUAAAAAAGGUUUUCUCGCUCUGGGGCUUUCUGGUAUGGUCACAGGAUGGGAAGACUAAAAAAAAAAAAAAAGGAAUGAGCUCUUGUGGGAGUUAUUAGGGUUUCGGUUGUUGUUUUUUGUUUUUUUUGUUUUCCUCAUUUCCGGCCCCCUUUAUCUCUCUACUUUCCUCCUCAUUUAUCUCCCUCACACACCACACCCUCUAAUCUAAUUUCAUCAUUAAAUUUUCUUAUCGCUUACUAACAAACUACCUUACACUAACGCUGAUAGUCUUCAGUUUCUCUUCUUUCUUUAUCUUUCGUUCCCCAUUCUCAUCAUCGGCUUUUUUUUUUCUUUUCCAGUCACAUUCAUUGCAUUUUCGUAGUUUCACAGACGGACGUAUGGAUACUAAACUGCGCGUGGUAGGCCUAUUUUUUUUUUUUUCCUUUUCUCUUUCCCUUUCUCCUAUCAUUAAGUUUACAAAAAAGUUGGCGGGGUUGUUUUUUUUUUCCUUUCUCUCCAUCUCACUCAUUUCUAAGAUACGGUGUGAUUAUUUACUUAUUGUAACUCUACUCAUAAUAACUAACUUUUGGAUCUGAUUGAUUAAUUUUCUUGUUCUAUUCCUGUUCUGUCUUGUCUGGCCGUGUGUGAGGGCUUUUUUUUUUUUUGCAUCCGAAUUGGAAUGGAUAGAUACCGGUAGAUAGAUAUCAAACCCUGUCAUAUCAUAUCAUAUCAGCCGGCAGGGGCUUGCCAUGUUAGUCGGGAGUGGAGGCUGCUUAUCGGAUGGGAUGAAUACCGUGUUGUACCAUGGAAAGCAAGGUUGGACGGGCGCUGGUUCGUGGGUAAUCGUAAUCGGAAAUCAGGAUCCUAUUAUUGCCGGCACGGUAUCCUUGGGUUGGUACGAGUAUUUGAUUGAUUGAUUGAUUUAGUCCGAGAGGUGGAAGUGUUUUUCUUUUCUUUUCUUCGUACAUUAUCACACCCAGGGGAUUUAUUUCUGCUCCACUGCUUGGCAGUUAGGAUUUUGGAGGAGUAGGUGAACUGCCAUGAUAACUGGAUCACGGAUGUACUGUACUCGAGUACAGGUACAGUACGGUAUCCUACUUAGGUAGUGCACGCCGCACGCCGCACGCCGCCAUAGCUUAACUCAACUCCACACACAACCAACUUGGAGCAGAGCAGUCGUCGUCAUUCCCGACAUUUCCCAUCUCAUGACACCCUUAGGCGCGCGUGUUCGACGGCAUGCUUGCACCGGUGGGAAGGUACCAUACUGUACCUGAACGCUCCGGGGGGGUUGUUCUCGAGGAUUCUAUAUAUAAAUUUUGGGCAUAACUUGCAUAAGUUCGCCCUGGCAUGUUCAGCUUAGGGUACCGGUAAGUGGGGGCGUUGGCUGAUGGGGGGUGGCACGAGAGGUUGCCU